CGGAUCUUUCGAAUACGUUUUUGCGGGAGAUUCAAAUAUUUAGCAAUAAUUUAAACAUGCACCAAGCUCACAUAGGUGAUGUUGGUUGUGUGGUUUGGGAUGCUGCUUUAGUUCUUGCUAAAUAUUUAGAAAACACGCGGUGGAGUGACUUAAAUGGCCGAAGUGUUAUCGAGUUAGGAGCUGGAACAGGACUAAUUAGCUUGUGUUGCUGUCUAGCUGGUGCAGAUGUUGUUUGCACUGAUCUAAAGGAGUUAUUACCAUUAAUUGAAUUAAAUAUGAAGGAAAAUGAACAUUUUUUAAAGGGAAAGUUUGAAUCACGCGAAUUAAAGUGGGGAGAGAGUGUUGAUGAAUUUCCGUUCUUUGAUUUUAUUAUAAUGUCAGAUGUUAUAUAUUACGAAGAGUCAAUAAAACCCCUCACAGAUACCAUUUACAAACUGAGUAAUAAAAAUACCGAAGUUUUAGUUUGCUAUGAAGACAGAAUGGAAGGAAAUAAACAGUAUUUGAAGCAGCAAUUUUUUGAGAUACUUGGGGAAAAUUUUGAGAUAAAGACCAUACCAAAGAACCAACAAGAUACAAAAUUUCAAAGCCAUGAUAUACAUGUUGUCAGUAUGAAACGAAAAUAUUCUUCAUAAUCAAGAAUACCGCAGACGAUUCUUGGAAAUCCUUUCCUGGAAGAAAAGAAUUGAUUUUGAUCAAAAAUGAAUAUCAUCUGCAAGUAAGAUCGAAAUUAGCUUGUUUUAUUGCCUGGUUUAUAAAACAAUUUGCUAGUUUUAAACUUUCAAAUCAAUGCACAACCAUAGUUCAUUGAUUGGAUGGUAAAAUCUUGUUGAAAUAGAGAAGCGCGCAAACGCAAAUACGUAGGUAGGACCGAGUUUUGAUAGUGAGAAAAAUGAACUACUCCAACGAUUUCAA